GUUUUGAAGAUCAUGACCACAUGGAUGCAUCUAACUAUAUGGUACCUGGGGACAUGUUGGUCCUUUAAAGAGCACAUCUAAAUUACUGGCUAAUUCCUUGGUUUGCCACUCAACGUAGGACAUCGUUUGACAUAGCUCUAUCUAUCAGAACUCUCCUAAAUUUUCCCCACCAUGCUAUCUUUAUUAGCUUGAACUCCUUUCCUAAAAUGGUCCUUCUGUUGAUUCUGUCAGUCCUGCUUUUGAAAGAAGAUGUCCGUGGGAGUGCACAGUCCAGUGAGAGGAGGGUGGUGGCUCACAUGCCAGGUGACAUCAUUAUUGGAGCUCUCUUUUCUGUCCACCAUCAGCCCACCGUGGACAAAGUUCAUGAGAGGAAGUGUGGGGCAGUUCGUGAACAGUAUGGCAUUCAGAGAGUGGAGGCCAUGCUGCACACCCUGGAAAGAAUCAACUCAGACCCCACGCUUUUGCCCAACAUCACACUGGGCUGUGAGAUAAGGGAUUCCUGCUGGCACUCGGCUGUGGCCCUAGAGCAGAGCAUUGAGUUCAUAAGGGACUCUCUCAUUUCUUCAGAAGAAGAAGAAGGUUUGGUGCGCUGUGUGGAUGGCUCUUCCUCUUCUUUCCGCUCCAAGAAGCCCAUAGUAGGGGUCAUUGGGCCUGGCUCCAGUUCUGUGGCCAUUCAGGUCCAGAACUUGCUCCAGCUUUUCAACAUACCUCAGAUUGCUUACUCAGCAACAAGCAUGGAUCUGAGUGACAAGACUCUGUUCAAGUACUUCAUGAGGGUUGUGCCUUCAGAUGCCCAGCAGGCACGGGCCAUGGUGGACAUAGUGAAGAGGUACAACUGGACCUAUGUGUCAGCUGUGCACACAGAAGGCAACUAUGGAGAAAGUGGGAUGGAAGCUUUCAAAGAUAUGUCAGCCAAGGAAGGGAUUUGCAUCGCUCAUUCUUAUAAAAUCUACAGCAAUGCGGGGGAGCAGAGCUUCGAUAAGCUGCUGAAGAAGCUCACGAGUCACUUGCCCAAGGCCAGGGUGGUGGCCUGCUUCUGUGAGGGCAUGACGGUGAGAGGUCUGCUGAUGGCCAUGAGGCGCCUGGGUCUGGCAGGAGAAUUUCUGCUUCUGGGCAGUGAUGGCUGGGCUGACAGGUAUGAUGUGACAGAUGGAUAUCAGCGAGAAGCUGUUGGUGGAAUCACAAUCAAGCUCCAAUCUCCAGAUGUCAAGUGGUUUGAUGAUUAUUAUCUGAAGCUCCGGCCAGAAACAAACCUCCGAAACCCUUGGUUUCAAGAAUUUUGGCAACAUCGUUUUCAGUGCCGCCUGGAAGGGUUUGCACAGGAGAACAGCAAAUACAACAAGACUUGCAACAGUUCUCUGACUCUGAGAACACAUCAUGUUCAAGAUUCCAAAAUGGGAUUUGUGAUCAAUGCUAUCUAUUCCAUGGCCUACGGGCUCCACAACAUGCAGAUGUCCCUCUGCCCAGGCUACGCGGGCCUCUGCGAUGCAAUGAAGCCUAUCGAUGGACGGAAACUUUUGGACUCCCUGAUGAAAACCAAUUUUACUGGGGUUUCUGGAGACAUGAUCCUAUUCGAUGAGAACGGAGACUCUCCAGGAAGGUAUGAAAUAAUGAAUUUCAAGGAAAUGGGAAAAGAUUAUUUUGAUUACAUCAAUGUUGGAAGCUGGGACAAUGGAGAAUUAAAAAUGGAUGAUGAUGAAGUAUGGUCCAAGAAGAGCAACAUCAUCAGAUCUGUGUGCAGUGAACCAUGUGAGAAAGGCCAGAUAAAGGUUAUCCGGAAGGGAGAAGUCAGCUGUUGUUGGACCUGUACACCUUGUAAAGAGAAUGAGUAUGUCUUUGAUGAGUACACCUGUAAGGCGUGCCAGCUGGGGUCCUGGCCCACCGAUGACCUUACAGGUUGUGAUUUGAUCCCAGUACAGUAUCUUCGCUGGGGUGACCCUGAGCCCAUUGCAGCUGUGGUGUUUGCCUGCCUAGGCCUGCUCGCCACCCUGUUUGUUACUGCAGUCUUCAUCAUUUACCGAGAUACACCAGUAGUCAAGUCCUCCAGCAGGGAACUCUGUUACAUUAUCCUUGCUGGCAUCUGCCUGGGCUAUUUAUGUACCUUCUGCCUCAUUGCAAAGCCCAAACAGAUUUAUUGCUACCUUCAGAGAAUUGGCAUUGGUCUCUCCCCAGCCAUGAGCUACUCAGCCCUUGUAACCAAGACCAAUCGUAUUGCGAGGAUUCUGGCUGGCAGCAAGAAAAAGAUCUGUACCAAAAAGCCCAGAUUCAUGAGUGCCUGUGCCCAGCUGGUGAUUGCUUUCAUUCUCAUAUGCAUCCAGUUGGGCAUCAUCGUCGCCCUCUUUAUAAUGGAGCCUCCUGAUAUAAUGCACGACUACCCAAGUAUUCGAGAAGUCUACCUGAUUUGUAAUACCACCAACCUAGGAGUUGUCACUCCUCUCGGAUACAAUGGAUUGCUGAUUUUGAGCUGUACCUUCUAUGCUUUCAAGACCAGAAAUGUUCCAGCUAACUUCAAUGAGGCCAAGUAUAUCGCCUUCACGAUGUACACCACCUGCAUUAUAUGGCUGGCCUUUGUGCCAAUCUACUUUGGCAGCAACUACAAAAUCAUCACCAUGUGUUUCUCAGUCAGCCUCAGUGCCACAGUGGCGCUGGGCUGCAUGUUUGUGCCGAAAGUGUACAUCAUCCUGGCCAAACCAGAGAGAAACGUGCGCAGCGCCUUCACCACGUCUACCGUGGUGCGCAUGCACGUGGGGGAUGGCAAGUCAUCCUCAGCAGCCAGCAGAUCCAGCAGCCUAGUCAACCUGUGGAAGAGGAGAGGCUCCUCUGGGGAAACCCUAAGGUACAAAGACAGGAGACUGGCCCAGCACAAGUCGGAAAUAGAGUGUUUCACCCCCAAAGGGAGUAUGGGGAAUGGUGGGAGAGCAACAAUGAGCAGCUCCAAUGGGAAAUCCGUCACGUGGGCUCAGAACGAGAAGAGCAGCCGGGGGCAGCACCUGUGGCAGCGGCUGUCCAUCCACAUCAACAAGAAGGAGAACCCCAACCAAACGGCCGUCAUCAAGCCCUUCCCCAAGAGCACGGAGAGCCGCGGCCUGGGCGCGGGGGGCUCGCCGUCGCCCAUCAGCACGCUGAGCCGCCGCGCGGGCCCGGCCAGCCGCACGGACGACGACGUGCCGUCGCUGCACUCGGAGCCCGCGGCGCGCAGCAGCUCCUCGCAGGGCUCGCUCAUGGAGCAGAUCAGCAGCGUGGUGACCCGCUUCACGGCCAACAUCAGCGAGCUCAACUCCAUGAUGCUGUCCACCGCGGCGCCCGGGCCCGGCGUGGGCGCGCCGCUCUGCUCGGCCUACCUGAUCCCCAAAGAGAUCCAGCUGCCCACGACCAUGACGACGUUCGCCGAAAUCCAGCCGCUGCCCGCCAUCGAGGUCACCGGCGGCGCGCAGGCCGCGGCGGCGGCCCCGCCGGCUGGGGGCGCUGCCCGGGAGAGCCCGGCGGCCGGGCCCGAGGCUGCGGCCGGCAAGCCGGACCUGGAGGAGUUGGUGGCUCUCACCCCGCCGUCGCCCUUCAGAGACUCGGUGGACUCGGGGAGUACAGGCCCCAACUCGCCAGUGUCCGAGUCGGCCCUCUGUAUCCCAUCGUCUCCCAAAUACGACACGCUUAUCAUAAGAGAUUACACUCAGAGCUCCUCGUCGUUGUGA